AUGGCGCCCACCGGUUACAAUGAGCCUGUAGUCGGCGUUCCGUACUUUACGCCGCAACACAGGACUUCUCCUGGAACCCCUUUUGACCCUAAUGCCUGCAUACCAACUCUCUUCAAGCCUCUCACGAUCCGCGGCAAGACCCUUCGGAAUCGCAUCAUCGUAGCGCCCAUGUGCCAGUACAGCACAGCAGAAAGCGGUCCUCAAAUUGGAGCACUUACUCCGUAUCAUGUUGCGACGCUCGGUCAUUACGCUCUGAAAGGCGCGGCCCUAGUGUUCAUCGAAGCCAGCGGGGUUCAACCGAAUGGCCGCAUCAGUCCCAAUUGCCCGGGCAUCUGGAGCGAUGGCCAGAUUGAUGGCAUCAAGGCCGUGGCCGACUUCGUGCAUAGCCAGGGCGCUCUUUGUGGCCUCCAAUUGGCCCAUGCGGGUCGCAAAAGUAGUACGCUUGCGCCUUUCCUUGCUGCACAGCAGAAGAGACCGAGUGUACGCGCAACGAAAGAAGUUGGCGGCUGGCCAGAUGAUGUGGUUGGUCCUUCUGGAGGCGAGAACUUUACCUGGGAUGGUAAGAGGAGCGAUGACCCGGAUGGAGGCUUCUAUGCUCCUCGAGAAUUAUCCGUGUCUGAGAUACGCCUGCUCGUGCAGGACUUUGCAGACGCAGCUCUACGAUGUGUGAGAGCUGGAGUAGAUGUCUUGGAGAUUCAUGGAGCACACGGGGUAAGCAUACUCAAUCACGGUCUUCGCUACACACGACUGAAAUCACCUAGUAUCUCAUACACGAGUUCCUCAGCCCGAUAACCAAUCGUCGUAACGACUCGUAUGGCGGCUCCUUUGAAAAUCGUACAAGAUUUCUGAUUGAAAUCAUUCAGUCCAUCAGAUCUGUGAUUCCAUCCCGAAUGCCGCUCUUCCUCCGACUUAGCUCUACCGAAUGGAUGGAAGAAACAGAUAUUGGGAAGCAGCUGGGAAGUUGGAACGUGGACAGCACCAUGAUGCUCGCUAAAAUUGUCGCUGAACUAGGCGUUGACUUACUAGACGUCUCGUCAGGAGGCAAUCAUCCACAGCAGCGGAUCAGUAUGUUCGACUCCAAGGACUACCAAACCAAGAUCGCGGGCCAGAUUCGAAAAGAGCUCAAAGCUGCUGAGAAGCACAUGUUCAUCGGCGCCGUAGUAAGUAUGGAUCUGAGCUGUUGUCGUCGUGCUGCUGAUCAAGUAACUUCGCAGGGCCUCAUUACUGAGGCAGAGCAAGCCCGAGACAUUAUCCAAGAUCACAAUGACAGUAUCAAACAGGAAGCUGAGACUGCCAGGCAAAUGACAGAGCCGAUACAUGGCCAAGAUCCGCUAGCCGACGUAAUCCUCGUGGCACGACAAUUCAUGCGAGAGCCAGAAUGGGUUUUGAGAAUCGCAUGGAGACUCGGAGUAGACAUUGCUUGGCCUUCACAGUUCUUGAGGGUAAGAUUUCCAAAGCUUUAA